AUGCAAAAUGAACCAACCAACUCUCUUUCUUUCAUUCUCGCUCUUUUUCUUUCUUUCUCUAUCUCUUUCUUUCUUUCUUUCUUUCUUUCUUUCUUUCUUUCUUUCUUUCUUUUUUCUUUCUUUCUCCCUCUCUGUCUUUCGUUCUCCCUCUCUUUCUUUUUUCAUUCUCCAUCUCUUUCUUUCUUUCUUUCUUCCUUUCGUUCUUUCUUUCUCCUACAAUCUGUACCUCCUCUGUUCUUCUUUUUAGCCUCCUCUGUUCUUCUCUUUAGCCACCUCCGAUCUUCUUUUUAUUCUCCUCUGUUCUUCUUUUUAGCCUCCUCUCCUCCUCUGUUAUUCUUUUUAGCCUCCUCUGUUCUUCUCUUUAGCCACCUCCGAUCUUCUUUUUAUUCUCCUCUGUUCUUCUAUUUAACCUCCUCUGUUCUUCUCUUUAGCCACCUCCGAUCUUCUUUUUAUUCUCCUCUGUUCUUCUUUUUAGCCUCCUCUCCUCCUCUGUUCUUCUCUUUAGCCCCUCCGAUCUUCUUUUUAGCCUCCUCUGUUCUUCUCUUUAGCCACCUCCGAUCUUCUUUUUAUUCUCCUCUGUUCUUCUUUUUAGCCUCCUCUGUUCUUCUCUUUAGACACCUCCGAUCUUCUUUUUAUUCUCCUCUGUUCUUCUUUUUAGCCUCCUCUGUUCUUCUCUUUAGCCACCUCCGAUCUUCUUUUUAUUCUCCUCUGUUCUUCUUUUUAGCCUCCUCUGUUCUUCUCUUUAGCCACCUCCGAUCUUCUUUUUAUUCUCCUCUGUUCUUCUUUUUAGCCUCCUCUCCUCCUCUGUUCUUCUCUUUAGCCACCUCCGAUCUUCUUUUUAGCCUCCUCUGUUCUUCCUUUUAUCCUCCUCUAUCCUUCUUUAGAUCCUCCGCCAUUCUUCUUUUUAUCCUCCAGCGUUCUUCUUUUUAUCUUGAGUCAAACAUGCGCCGAUAA